AUGUCUUCUCUUCGCAUCCCCGGUAUCCCCUACAUGCGCGGUCCUCGUGGCCUCGGUCGCCUCACCGCCGCUUCUGCUUUCCUCCAGCUGCCUCGAAGCCCUGUCAAGUUCAGACGAAACGUUCGGACGUGUGAUAUCCCAUCAACGCCUGUUUGCAAGCUCCCUCGUCGCAUCACACCAGAUGCUCCUCGUCGUCGCGGUUUCCAAGCGACUCCUGCUACCAGUGCCAUUCCUUUCCCAUCACAUGCUCCGUCAAAGCCUCCUUCUCCCACUCGCUAUUGUGUAUGGCCCACUCCUUCCAUGUCAAAGAACGGAGUUAGUCGUGCUCUUCAGAACCGCAGUUAUAAUCCUUCUAGUCCCCUACCGUCACGUAUUCCUGUUGCUGUUGAUAUUCGUUCUGCUCUUCCUGUCAUCCCCUGUCCAUCUGCACUGCGCAAGAGGGUCAACUUUGUUAACCCAAUGACUGCAAUUCACGCGAACGAUGGCUCACCUGUCAAGGCCAAAUCGUCUCGCCGUACUUACCAUCCCAAACCUGAGCUUGUAGCCCGUACUCGUCUGUAUCUCAAGCUUGCUCAAAUUCGCAAAUCAAUGGUCAGCCGCAGUGCCAAUCCGCUUCGAAGCAUCCUUGUACGACCUGGUUCGGAAAAGGUUGCAAAGAAGAAGGGAGUUCGCUUCGGCCCGACUCUGAUUCGUGAAGUAAACUACUGGAUUGACCGAAAACGAAACGUCUUCCAAGAUGGUGGCCUUUGGCAAAUGGGCAGAUUGCAAGGCUGGCGCAUUACCCCCCUGUCUACUCCGAACGAGGACGGAGAGACUGAAAAGUACAUGACCAUGUGGGGACACGACCACAAUGUAAUUGAAUGUCCACAUGAAGGUUGUGUCUGGGGAUCUAUUGCUCUGUUUGUCAAGUACUGUCGGCUGAAGAGAAUGGACCUAGGUUGUGAAGGAGAAAACCUCAUGCCUCUUUGGAGUGCCUAUCGACAGAAGGCGCGUGAUGCAGGCUAUGAUUAUCUCUAAUCUUCCCCUCAUGUAUCUCUCUCCGCUUGUUGCCCAUUAUGUAUCCCUCCAUGUAUUCCCUCACGCAUCCCUUCAUGUACCCUUCAUGUAUCUGAUGUAUUGGCCGCAUGUACUCAUUGGGACUCUUAUGUACUGCCCAGUCAUGUUUCCUUUUAUCUACCAUGUACUGACCAGAUGUACUCCUUUCUGCUCUCAUGUAUUUCUCAAUCAUGUCCGAUUUUCUUUCGUCUCCCCGGCCUUCUGGUACAGGAGUCUGCUUCGGUCUAAUCAUCUUCGAUAUUCGAAAGUCCCUCUUUGGCGCGCAACCACCUCGGAUUUG